AUGAAUAAGACUCUUCGAGUUAUUCAACUGAAUGUGAGAAAACAAGGGGCAGUGCACGAGAGCUUAAUGAAUGACGAAGAGACUCAGAACGCGGUGGCGUUAGCGAUCCAGGAACCCCAGGCGAGGAGGAUUCAAGGCCGGCUCUUGACUACCCCGAUGGGACACCACAGAUGGACGAAGAUGGUUCCCUCUACUUGGAGGGAAGGCAGGUGGGCAAUUCGAAGCAUGCUCUGGAUUAAUAAAGAUGUCGAGGCGGAACAAGUGCCAAUAGAGUCCCCGGAUCUCACGGCUGCGGUUAUUAGGCUUCCCGAGCGACUGAUUUUCAUGGCAUCAGUUUACGUGGAAGGGGACAAUGCCUCAGCUUUGGACGACACAUGCAAUCAACUACUCAACGCAAUCACGAAUGUACGGCGAGAUACGGGUGCGGUGGUGGAGAUUUUGAUUAUGGGAGACUUCAACCGGCAGGACCAACUCUGGGGAGGAGACGACGUGUCUUUGAGAAGACAAGGCGAAGCGGACCCAAUCAUCAAUCUCAUGAGUGAAUACGCUCUCAGCAGUCUUGUCACACGAGGCACAAAGACAUGGCAUGGCGGAGGAUACAGCGGGGACUGCGAGUCGACGAUCGACCUGGUCCCGGCCUCAGACAACCUAACAGACUCAGUGAUUAAGUGUGCUAUACUCGGGACGGAGCACGGCUCGGACCACUGCGCUAUUGAGACCGUCUUUGAUGCGCCCUGGUCGCUCCCAAAGCAUCAGGGACGACUUCUGUUGAAAAAUGCUCCAUGGAAAGAGAUCAAUGCCAGGAUAGCGAACAUUCUUGCCGCCACUCCUGCGGAGGGCACAGUGCAGCAGAAAACCGACCGGCUCAUGUCGGCGGUUUCAGAAGCGGUGCAUGCGUUAACACCAAAGUCAAAACCAUCACCAUACGCGAAGCGGUGGUGGACCGCUGAUUUAACGCAGCUCCGUUACAUACACACAUACUGGAGAAAUCACGCCCGCUCCGAGCGGCGGGUGGGACGAAAAGCACCCUACCUGGAGACGAUGGCCCGAGGCGCGGCAAAACAAUACCAUGAUGCCAUCCGGCUGCAAAAGAAAAAGCACUGGAAUCAAUUUCUUGCCGACAAUGAUAACAUAUGGAAAGCAGCUAGAUACCUGAAGUCGGGAGAAGACGCAGCGUUCGGGAAGAUCCCGCAGCUCCUCAGAGCGGAUGGGACCACGACCACUGAUCAUACGGAGCAGGCAGAAGAAUUGCUGGCCAAAUUCUUCCCGCCCCUGCCGGACAACAUUGACGAUGAAGGGACUCGACCACAAAGAGCGCCAGUCGAGAUGCCUGCCAUCACGAUGGAGGAGAUCGAACGACAGCUGAUGGCGGCAAAGUCUUGGAAGGCACCCGGCGAAGACGGUCUGCCAGCAAUAGUCUGGAAGAUGACUUGGCCCAUAGUCAAGUACAGAGUCCUGGAUCUCUUCCAGGCGUCGCUGGAAGAAGGCACGUUGCCAAGACAGUGGAGACAUGCGAAGAUCAUACCGCUCAAAAAGCCGAACAAAGAGAACUACACCAUUGCCAAAGCAUGGAGACCGAUUUCGCUCCUCGCGACGCUGGGCAAGAUACUGGAAUCCGUGGUCGCAGAAAGGAUCUCACACGCGGUGGAGACUCACGGGUUGCUCCCGACCAGCCACUUCGGCGCCCGAAAGCAGCGGUCCGCGGAGCAAGCACUCGUACUCUUGCAAGAACAAAUCUAUGCGGCAUGGCGCGGCCGUCGCGUCGUGAGCUUGAUCAGCUUCGACGUCAAAGGAGCCUAUAACGGAGUGUGUAAAGAACCGUUGCUUCAGAGAAUAAAAGCGCGAGGCAUACCAGAGGAUCUACUCCGGUGGGUGGAGGCGUUCUGCUCGGAACGAACAGCAACCAUCCAAAUCAAUGGGCAACUGUCUGAGAUCCACAGCCUGCCACAGGCGGGACUGCCGCAAGGCUCGCCGCUAUCCCCGAUUCUAUUCCUCUUUUUCAACGCAGACCUCGUACAACGACAAAUCGACAGCCAGGGAGGUGCGAUUGCGUUCGUAGAUGAUUUUACCACAUGGGUGACCGGACCAACUGCGCAGAGUAACCGAGAAGGUAUUGAAGCAAUCAUCAAUGAAGCACUUGACUGGGAGAAAAGGAGCGGCGCGACUUUUAAAGCAGACAAGACAGCCAUUAUCCACUUCACUCCCAAAGCUCAUAAAUCGGACCAGGGGCUCUUCACUAUCAAGGGACAAACCGUUGAGCCCAAAGAUCAUGUCAAGAUCCUGGGCGUCAUCAUGGAUGCGAGACUCAAGUACAAGGAACAUAUUGCAUGGGCAGCAUCCAAAGGCUUGGAGGCAGCAAUGGAGCUGCGGUGA